UUUGGCAUUGCGGUUAAACUCGAAGAAAGGAAAGAGAGAAAAAAGAUAAUAAUAAAAUGAAAAGAGUUUUGCGGCGAAGAAGCAUCCCAGAUUCCGCCAAAUUCAGGCAAUGGAUAGGAAAGUGAGAUUAAAGUGCUAGGUUGCUUUUGCCUUUACUUUUUAUUUUUAUUCUUUUGGAUUUUACUCAUUUGAUUAGCAGUUAUUUAUGAAUGAGUAGCUUAUAUAUGUAUAUGUGAACUCCCCCGGGCUGUUUCAUGAUUUCAUUUUAUUAUUGAAGUGGCGCAUGGUGGGUUCUUUGGCUGUUAUUGUUGUUGUUGUCGUCUAGGUGUUUGUUAAAUGAACCUAAUCGUUUACCACCAUCGAUACCGCUUAGCUUUUGGGGUGUUUUUGUUGUUGGAGUUAGUAGUAGUAAUGUCACAGAAAAGGCCCCAGGAGGAUGGUAAGGCUCGACCGUCUGAAGGGAACAGUCCUGAUCAAGAUAAACGGAGAAGGGUUCCAACCUUGAGAAAUGUGGUUCAGGAGGUGAUGAAGUUGCAGUCUGUCCAACAUUUGCUGGAGCCAGUUUUGGAGCCAUUGAUUCGUAGGGUGGUCAAAGAAGAAGUUGAAUUGGCUCUUAGAAAGCAUUUGAAUAAUAUGAAAAGGAAUGGUGGGAAGGAGGUAAAUUCUUCUGAGUCAAGAAGCUUACAACUCCAAUUCUUAAAUAAUCUCUCCCUUCCUGUGUUCACUGGAGCUCGAAUUGAGGCAGAAGAUUGUUCUACCAUAAAAGUGGCUAUAGUUGAUGCUCUUACUGGACAAAUAGUUACCUCUGGUCCGGAGUCUUCUGCCAAAGUAGAAGUUGUAGUCCUUGAGGGAGAUUUUGAUGGUGAUGAGGAGGACAACUGGGCGGUUGAAGAGUUUAACAAUAACAUUGUAAAAGAGAGAGAAGGAAAGAAACCUCUUCUUACCGGAGAUGCAUUUCUAACUCUCACCGAGGGCAUAGGUUUAGUGGGUGAGAUUUCAUUUACAGAUAAUUCAAGCUGGACUAGAUGCCGUCGUUUCAGACUUGGUGCUAGAGUUGUGGAUGGUUCUGGUGGCACUAGAGUAAGAGAAGCAAAGACAGAAUCCUUCAUUGUCAGGGAUCACCGUGGAGAAUUAUACAAGAAGCAUCAUCCUCCAUCUCUUUCUGAUGAAGUAUGGAGAUUAGAGAAAAUUGGCAAAGAUGGGGCUUUCCAUAAGCGCUUGAGUCGGGAAAAUAUCAACACUGUUAAGGAUUUCUUGACCAUGCUCUGUAUAAAUCCUCCAAGGCUUCGACAUAUCCUCGGCACUGGUAUGUCUGCUAAGAUGUGGGAAAUCACCGUGGAGCAUGCUCGAACAUGUGUGCUUGAUAAGAGGAGGCACGUGUAUUGCCCUCCUGGUUCUCAACAGAAAUCUGGUGUGGUCUUCAACGUCGUGGGACAAUUGACAGGACUACUUUCAGAAUGCCAGUACCUUACAACUGAUAAGCUAUCAGAAACUGAGAAGAUUGAAGCUCAAAACUUGGUAAUUUCUGCAUUUGAACAUUGGGCAGAAGUCAUCUCGUUUGACGACGAAGCCUCUCUCAUAAGUAGUUGUUCAAAAUUAGCUAAGAUUCCUUGCACAAACUCUGCCAAGACAGAGAAUUCUAAUGGUAGCAAGGUUUUGGCUUCUCAAAAGAUGGAUGGAUAUGAUUAUGCUCAAACAAGUGCUUCUUCUCCCGAUAUCAUCUCAACCAUCUAUUCAGUUUGGGGUAUGGGUGGAUUGGAGGAUUAUGCCCUGCAUGGUAUCGAAAACCCGGAUCUUAGAUAUGACCAAACAUUGAGUUAUCCUGGCCAAGUCAAUAAUUCCCUAACGUGUGACGCAGAUAUUUCUCAGACUUUUGGUGACGAGGAUCAUCUUGGAUAUUUUGAUGGUGAUCUUCAUUCCCAGGGCCUUGGUUUGGAAUCACAAGCGGAUCUACAAACUGCUGUUGACGGAUUCCUUGUGCAACGUAAAGUUGCUGACCAAGCGAAGAGUAGAUGGACCAAGGUUUUUAGUGUACUGAAGUGGUUCUCUAUCAAAAGAAAAGUUAAAGAAAAAUUUCUAGGUCUGAGAUAUGGCACUGGACUUUAAUACUUUUACAGGUGCAGUCGGAAAUAGUAGGGGGGAGCCAAGUGCUGCCUUAUUGAAUUUUGGUUGGUUAUAGAAUUGAAGAGGUUGAAGUAUCCUAGGUUCACACCAUACAGCUGCUUGUUUACAAAUCCUUGGUGGAGGUCAGAAAUGCAGUACUCUGUAUCAUAUUACACUGUAAAUAUUAUAUUGAUGGGCAACACAGAAUUUCGCAGAUUUUUAGUUGUAAAUUAUCACUGUUGCUUCAGUGGAAGCAUGGACCAUGCAUGAAUGAAAUGCUUUUGUUUGAUAACUGCAAA